AUGGCGUGGACAAGACCCGUUCGAUAUCUCGUCUUUUGUUUAGUGGCCUGCGGAAUUUGUCCGCCAAAAGCCUGUUUCGGCCGCCUGCCCAGAUGGAUCGACCAUCUCAAUUUGCUGAUCAGAUUCUUUAUUGUUGCCUUGUACAUUGCGUUAGAGAUUUCCUCACCAACUGAUAACCAGAUCGUCUCGCAGGCUGCCCUUCACCUGACUCGCAUCUCUCUUGUCGCUCAUCAGGUUUUGGCUUGGCUGCAGUCAAGGAAUUUCGGUCGGUUUGUCUCAGAAGUCUUGCCACGAGUAAAGCUGAAUUCAAUUUUGCGGAUCAUUCCGUCAAUUUUGUAUCUUGGCUUGCUACCAUUCAAACUGUUCAUCGGCAGAAACCCCUUCGCGUCCUUGAAAAACACCCCGCUUCUUUUCAGCUACAUUUCCCUGAGCGGUUGCGUCGCCGCAAUUGCCCUAGCAACUGCAGUCGUCGAAUUCUGUCAUCAAGAGGUACCUCGCAUUAUUAAAUUGCAGCUGUUGAAUGGCAAACUUGAGCAACAGACGCUGGAGAAGUCGAUGGAUCUGGAGUUCAUCCUCGCGAGGGUUGCAAAGAAAGGGGUGGAAUUGAGCGCUCUGAUCGAGUCUUCAAAUCGCGGACUUGGUCCUCUGGUGGCGAUCACGGUGCUCACCCUUUGCAUGCGACUGUCGUUCACAACUUACUGCACUUACUAUUUGUUUUCACUGAUUGUCAGCCGCGGACUUGAGGACAUCAGCAUCGGCACGCUGUUUUCCCUGAUCCCUAGGUCGCUGCUGAAGGUUGCAAUUUUGGUUACUUUUGCAAAUGCUGGACAACGGUUGAACAAUGAGGCAGCAAAAACAUCACAUUUACUUGAUCUAAUUUCUGUGUCCAACCGGCUUUUCCCAUCAAUCAUUUGCUUCCAGAUCGCGAAGUGCAGGAGUGUGUUUGACAAGUCAAAAAUAUCAAUAUCAGGCUGGGGGCUCAUGAAUGUUGACCACACCCUGCUAAUUACGAUGUUCAACAUCAUAUUCGGAACGGUAAUGGUACUGGUUCAACUCCAAGUCAGUGAAACUGUGAGCUCAAAUAGCCCUGAGGUUUGAUUCAAGUUUAACGAAAAACUGGCAUGAAUAUUUUUUAGUGAAUUUUUAGAUUUUUAAAUUAUGGUGUUUAGGAAAAAAUCUGUCUUGAACAUUUUUUCACAAGCUUUAAAAUGUCUGGUGUUAUUUUGGUAUGUCUCUUUCCCACCCAACUUCGUUUCAGCAGAAGCAUC